CGGUCAUUGCUCUGCUAGUGCGUGGUCAUCUAAUAUAAAAUGCCACCAUCUUGGUUCAAUCUCCUACCCAGCUAGCAGAUACUCACCAUCAGAUCACACAAUCCCCUAGUUUCAAAUUUCCAAGAAAGAACAAGAGAAAAUGCCCCUUUGGCUGAUAUACCACCCUGACGGCACGUUCGAGGACGACGCCAGCAAAGAAGCCUUUGCCGCUGACAUUACCAAAUACUACACACGGAUCGGCCUUCCUGCCUUCUAUGUCGUCGCCGACUUCAUCAAAAUGCCGGAGAGCACCGUGUGGGUCGGCGGAGAGAAACCGAAAGAGCCGUUUAUACGCAUCUCAAUCGACCACAUCGCCGUCAAUCUCCCCAACGACGACAAACUUUACAGAAAAGCGGCGGAUGGGAUAGAUGCGGUUCUCAAGCCGCAUGUUACAGACAAAGGAUAUCGCUCGGAAUUCCACAUCAACGAGACGGAGAGACGUCUAUGGAAGAUAGAUGGCUUUCACGCACCGGCAUUCGGGAGCGAAGAGGAGAAGACCUGGGCGAGAGAAAAUAAGGCCUCCCCAUGGGAAAAGAGUUCUCUAUGACGUCUUCUCCUAUGGCGGUCUUUGACAGCUUGUCUCUGGGUAUACUUCUGGGGUGGAUUCACUGACCUACUAGAAGUAGUUUAGCAUAAUCAUCAAGCCUGUUUGCCAAAAUCAUGCAGCCUGAUUCAGUGC